AUGGGUUUCUUUCGAAGUGUCACUGCGAUCUCGAAGCUCCGGUCUCGCCUUAUUCAAAGCUCUAAUUCGUUGGGCUCUGUACGAUGGCUUCAGGUGCAGAGUUCUGAUCAGGAUCUGCGUUCUCAACUAGCGGAGCUGAUACCAGAACAGCAAGAGCGGCUGAAAAAGCUAAAAACUGAUCAUGGUAAAACUCAACUGGGGAACAUCACGGUUGAUAUGGUGAUCGGUGGAAUGCGAGGAAUGACUGGUUUGCUAUGGGAAACAUCAUUACUAGACCCAGAAGAGGGUAUUCGCUUUAGGGGGCUUUCUAUUCCUGAAUGCCAAAAUGUGCUGCCUGCUGCACAUCCUGGAGGAGAGCCACUACCUGAAGGUCUUUUGUGGCUUCUUUUGACUGGGAAGGUGCCAAGCAAAGAGCAAGUUGAUGCCUUAUCUAAGGAGUUGCAUAUCCGCUCAACUGUACCAGAUCAUGUUUACAGAGCAAUUGAUUCCCUCCCAUUGUCUGCCCAUCCAAUGACUCAAUUUACAACUGGUGUUAUGGCUCUUCAGGUUCAGAGUGAAUUCCAGAAGGCAUAUGAAAAUGGACUUUCUAAAGCGAAGUUCUGGGAGCCUACAUAUGAAGAUUCUCUGAAUUUAAUUGCUCAGCUUCCACUGGUGGCAUCUUAUAUAUAUCGGAGGCUGUAUAAAAAUGGGCAAGUCAUACCUGCUGACAAUUCUCUGGAUUAUGGUGCAAACUUUUCUCGCAUGCUUGGAUUUGAUGAUCCAAAAAUGCAGGAGUUGAUGAGGCUUUAUGUCACGAUCCACAGUGAUCAUGAAGGAGGAAAUGUGAGUGCUCACACUGCUCAUCUAGUUGCAAGUGCACUUUCUGAUCCUUAUCUUUCCUUUGGAGCUGCACUUAAUGGACUUGCUGGACCUCUUCAUGGCUUGGCUAAUCAGGAAGUACUGCUGUGGAUCAAAUCUGUUGUUGAUGAGUGUGGCGAAAACAUAACAGCUGAGCAGUUGAAGGAGUAUGUUUGGAAAACAUUAAAAAGUGGAAAGGUUGUGCCUGGUUACGGUCAUGGAGUACUCCGUAAAACAGAUCCAAGAUACACAUGUCAAAGGGAGUUUGCAUUGAAACAUUUACCGGAUGAUCCACUAUUCCAGCUGGUCUCUAAGCUGUAUGAAGUUGUUCCUCCUAUUCUCACAGAGCUUGGAAAGGUCAAAAACCCAUGGCCCAAUGUUGAUGCCCACAGUGGUGUCCUGCUGAAUCAUUUUGGUUUAACUGAAGCAAGGUAUUUUACUGUUCUUUUCGGGGUAUCGAGAAGCAUUGGAAUAUGCUCCCAGUUGAUCUGGGACCGGGCUCUUGGUUUGCCACUUGAGAGGCCAAAGAGUGUGACAAUGGACUGGCUGGAGAAUCACUGUAAGAAGGCUGCAGCCUAAUUCGUUCUCUUAGGCUUUGUUUGGGACGGCUUUUUUAUUUUAUUGCAUCUUUAUGUUUUAAGAAACAAUAAAAAAGCUGUCCCAAACGAAGCCUUAAUCCAUAUUUUUAACUUAUAUGCACCGUGACAAUAAAUGGCAACUAAGGCAUGAGAGUGAAGGUUCAUCUGCACAUUUGCGAAUGUAAGAAACCCAUCUUUUCCAGUUCAUGCAUGCUCGAUCUGAGAGAAUGGACCAAUUGUAUUAAUUUAUUUUCUUUAUCAAGAAUAAGCCAUCAUUUUUAUCCAUGAGUUGAGGCAUUAUUUGUUCUAUAAUGUUUAAGAGUUCUAGUUGGGAUCUGAUCUGAUUCUGUAACUUUUAUCUCUAAUAAAUGGCCCUUAUUGCUGGGGCAACUUUUUUUGGA